AUGCAAGCCGCCAUCGACCAAAACACCAAGGGAGUUAUUUUGCUCACCUCUGGCUAUCACCAUGCUGCCGCCAAGUGCUUCAAGCAAGCCUUAAGUUCCCUCCGCACUGCUUGUGACAGCCUGAGCCCUUCCGCCACUGAAAAGUUGGGCAUGGCCGCCCCAAGAACAGCGUUUCACUACUAUGCCUACAUUACAGAUGCCAAGCCAGAGCAGUGCCUGCAAAAGGCAGGGAUGUUGUACAGCCAUUGCCUGCAACUCAUGAGCGUCCUUCCAGACACCUACGAAGACGAAAAGCUACAGAUAUCAUCUGCUUCCUUGAGCCAUUUGGCGGAUGUUUGCUUCACCCUCGGUGAUGCGAACGGAGUCCGCUCUGCGCUUGACGGGCUACUCAUGCUCAACCUGAGGAACUAUCUGGUAAACCAAGACCCCGGCGAGCACCAAUCGAUUGCCCCCGCGGCAUGA